UGUGUGUGCGUAUGUGUGUGUACAUGUGCACGUGAGUGUUAUAAGCUUGUUUGAAGUAAAAACAGUUUCAAAAAGGGCACUUGUAAAGUGAAAAACAUUUUUAAUCCAACCUCCCCUACUGAUACGAUGAGCGUGGGAGCAAGAAGAAUUAUUGAGAAAAGUUUUGCUUUAGUUCUAAGAAAGGACAAUAGAGAAACAAGGACAUUGUGAAAUUCGUCCAGGGAGGUGAAAGCCACUUGGUUUCACAUUACAUUAAGUCACUGGCAGUGCAGCCAAAAUCAGACCCACCUCGAAGACACGACCGAAGGACCUUGAGAAAACAUUGCCUGAAUUUUAGCUGAAUACCAGCUGUACAGAAUGAAUGGAGGAGUCCAGCGGCGUGUGGUGUCUAAAGAUGGCCACAACAACAUCCGUAUUGACAACGUCGAAGGCAUGGUGAAGCUCUACCUGCACGAUAUCUGGACCACAGUGGUGGACAUGAAGUGGCGCUACAAACUCACCCUCUUUGUGUCCACCUUCCUCACGACCUGGUUUUUCUUUGGCCUGCUUUUCUACCUCAUUGCAAUGGCAAAUAAUGACCUUAACAUUGAACAGGCAUCAAACCACACACCGUGUGUGAUGAAUGUGGCCACCUUAACUGGCGCAUACCUAUUCUCCCUUGAGUCACAGACCACCAUCGGCUAUGGCUUCCGCCACAUCUCAGAGGAGUGCCCACUUGCCAUCUUAACACUGGUGUUACAACUGGUGCUCACAGGCCUGGCUGAGAUCUUUGUAACUGGCGCCUUCCUGGCCAAGCUGGCACGGCCCAAGAAGCGGGCUGAGACGGUCAAGUUUAGCCAGUUGGCAUUGGUUUCCAAGCACAAGGGCCAGUUGUGUGUGAUGGUGCGUGUGGCCAACAUGCGUAAGAGCCCGCUGGUUCAGUGUCAGCUCUCAGGCAAGCUGCUUUCUUCCUAUGUGACUGAAGAGGGUGAGAAGAUCCAGCUCCACCAGGAGUCUGUGGACUUCCAGUUAGACUCCAACAAGCAGUGCCCUUUCCUUGUUCUGCCUCUUAUCUUCUACCAUGUGCUGGAUGAGAGCAGUCCUCUGGCCAGCCUCACUGCUGAAAACCUGAAGGUGAGUAACUUUGAACUGGUGGUCACCCUGAAUGCCACUAUGGAGUCCACAGCUUCCACCUGCCAAAGCCGUACUUCCUAUGUUCCACAAGAGUUCCGCUGGGGUUACGAGUUUAAGCCCCUUCUCUUUGGCACACAUGGGGGCAAGUAUGUCACAGACUUUAAAUAUUUUGAUGAGAUUCAGAUCAGCAAUGACACCUCGCUUCUACGGGAGCCAAGGAAUGAGAAACUCCUGCUAGAGGAUGAGUACCGUAAAGACUGUACAGAAGGAGAGAGCACUGAUAAAAAGGACAUAGGGCUGAGUUUCCCAAAGGCAUUGCAGCACAAAGAUCUCUGUUAAAUGAUAGCGCGAGCAUCACAAUGAACACUCUCUAUCCCAGUUUAGAUGAUCUUAACUGCAAUACUUUGGGGAAACUCAUGUUGUCAUGUACCAAGAUGGCACAUGAAAGUAGAACACAUAGAUUACAGAAGUUCCACACUGUCUGUCAAGGACCAACAUAUUAACGCAAAACAAAUCUGAAAUAAGUGAUUGUGCUGUUCAAAAUGUUACCUUACUCAGAAUACUAAGUUGAAUAUUAAUAGAGAAAUAUAUGGGAUCCAUUCCAUUGUUUGCUAAUCAUUCUGAGACAUUAUAAUCAUUCCCUCUCACAUAAACCCCAUCUUAAAAGUCAGCAGCCUGGCAAUAUGUCCAACACCACAUCCUCUUUAUCAUAUAGAUCAAAGUGAAUUAUAAAUUCACAGUUAUUUAUGUAUUCAUCAUAUUACAUGGACUUACAAAUAAUGCAUUAUAUAGUGAACGGAGUGUGGCUGCAACCAACAGAUAGAUUUUCAGGUUAAGUUACACCUACAAUAGCAGUAAAGGAGAUGAGAGUUAUUAAAAUUAAAUGAAUAGGCAUGGCUUACAAAAGGAUUAAAGCUUCAACAGAAUAUUAACAGAUAACCAUUACAGGACAGAACAUUUCUCUGGUGAUGCAGUGUGUGUAUUCUAUAUACAAUUGCUUGAUAAAAUGGAACAUCUUACUAGGGGGUUUGUUAUUUGUCAUUUAUAUUGUACAAAUUACAGCAUUCUAGAAGAAGAUGAAAAUGAAGAUAUUCAAAUAUGGCUAAAGGAAUUUUAGUUUCAUUUUAAACUUUAUUUUGGUUUUGAAAUAUUGUUUCUAUUUGCUGUAAUUCCUGGAUUAUUAUGACAUUGGAUGAUAUUCUUUUCUCCUCAUAAUGUUUCGAACAGUCUCAUGUUUCUAAAUUUGUUGUGGCAACAUAUGGACACAUGUUAAGCAUGCUUAGUAAGAGUGUCAUUCUAUUUACACAUACACACAUGCACACACACAUGCACACAGUUUCAAUUGACAUUAUUAUCAUAUUAUGUUUAUAUGCCUUAUUUAGUUUUUUUAGUUAUUUAAAAUGUAUAUGCAGUACAGUAGUUGGUAAUAUGUAACGAAUCCUCAGUACAAUUAUAUAAUAGAUGGAAAAUGUCAACAAUUAUUUAAUAGUGAAAAAUCAUUAAUCCAUUCACCAUUAAACUUUAUCAGUUUAUAGUAAUUCAGUACUUGAA